UCUAGACUGCGUGAUUAUCAGGCACUUUCAUUUGGACCAUUGCGGAGCUUUGCCAUACUUCAGUGAAAUGGUUGGCUACGAUGGGCCAAUUUACAUGACACAUCCUACCAAGGCCAUCUGCCCAAUCCUCCUGGAGGACUACAGGAAAAUCACUGUAGAUAAGAAAGGGGAAACUAACUUCUUCACAUCCCAAAUGAUCAAAGACUGUAUGAAAAAAGUUGUUGCUGUUCAUCUUCACCAGACAGUUCAGGUGGACGAGGAGCUGGAGAUCAAGGCGUAUUAUGCUGGCCACGUGCUGGGAGCAGCCAUGUUCCAGAUUAAGGUUGGAUGCGAGUCUGUUGUUUACACUGGUGAUUAUAAUAUGACUCCAGACAGACAUUUAGGUGCUGCGUGGAUUGAUAAGUGUCGCCCAGAUUUAUUAAUAAGUGAAUCCACUUACGCCACAACUAUCAGAGACUCCAAACGCUGCAGAGAAAGGGAUUUCUUGAAGAAAGUUCAUGAGACUGUAGAAAGAGGAGGGAAGGUUCUUAUCCCAGUUUUUGCCCUUGGACGUGCCCAGGAACUUUGCAUUUUACUGGAGACCUUCUGGGAAAGAAUGAACUUGAAGGCUCCAAUUUAUUUUUCCACGGGACUGACAGAAAAGGCAAAUCAUUAUUACAAACUCUUCAUCACAUGGACGAACCAAAAAAUUCGGAAAACCUUUGUGCAGAGAAAUAUGUUUGAAUUCAAGCACAUCAAAGCAUUUGACCGAGCCUAUGCAGAUAAUCCAGGACCUAUGGUUGUCUUUGCAACCCCUGGAAUGCUUCAUGCAGGACAGUCCCUUCAAAUCUUCAGGAAAUGGGCAGGGAAUGAAAAAAACAUG